AUGGUCUCAGCUCUGUUCUUGCGCGGCGCCCGCACCCACCGGCCCAGUGCUCUACAAUCCAGCCAUUCCGCUCUCGGUUGCUCGAAAUUUGCUCUAUAUCCGGCCUCCCGUUCCGAGCGAACUUGUUUACCCAAGCUACCCCGAUUCUCGACGUGCGCGGCGCGGUUGCAGGAGAACCUCGAUCGAACUCGCAACAUCGGAAUUAUCGCACAUAUCGAUGCGGGGAAAACGACCACCACUGAGCGUAUGCUCUAUUAUAGCGGGUUUACGAGACGGUUAGGGGAUGUAGAUGAGGGCUCGACUGUUACGGACUUUCUUCCUGCGGAGCGAGCUAGGGGAAUCACCAUCCAGUCCGCUGCUAUUACAUUUUACUGGCCACCCGGGGAAAGUAACGUUGCUCAGGCUGAACAAGCGUCACCUAAAUCUGCAUCGCGACAUCUGAUCAACUUGAUUGAUACUCCUGGUCAUGCGGACUUCACAUUUGAAGUCCUCAGAUCUUUGCGCAUCUUAGACGGUGCGGUGUGUAUCUUAGACGGUGUCGCCGGAGUGGAAGCUCAAACAGAGCAGGUUUGGCGCCAAGCAAGCACGUACAAUAUCCCUAGGAUUGUUUAUGUGAACAAAUUGGACAGAGACGGUGCGGCUUUUGGACGGACGGUGCGAGAAGUUGCCUCGCGGCUUGGCGGAUGGCCCGCAGUGUGCCAAAUUCCAUGGUUUGAGGGAGGAAACGGACGGUUCCUCGGCGUUGCAGACGCUAUAAAUCUCCAGGGCCUUCGGUGGGAAGAUGGGGAUGGCAAAUCCUUGAAAAGCUUUUCCCUUCACCAGUUAGACGAGGCUGAAGGUCACCUUGCACAAGAGCUUCGACGAGCGCGGGUAGCCUUGGUAGAGCUAUUAAGUGAGCAUGACGAGACCAUGGUGGAAAAGUUCCUCGAGUGUGAAGAGGACCACCUUUUGGUGUCUCCCAAUGACAUAUUGGAGAGCGUACGUCGGUGUUUAUUGGAGGGAGUAGGAAGGAAAAUCAUACCUGUCUUUGCUGGGGCUAGCUUCCGCAACAUCGGCGUUCAGCCAUUGCUCGACGGUGUCGUCAACCUCCUACCAAGCCCUCCCGAGACCCCUGAUCCCGAGAAAAAGUCCGCGGUGGUAGCCGAUAGUCGCAAAGCGAUUGAACAGCUCCAUGGCUGUGCCCUUGCCUUCAAAGUCGUCAACGAUGCCAAAAGAGGAGUUCUGGUAUACGUUCGGGUGUACUCCGGAUCCCUGGAUCGAAACAGCCUCUUGUUCAAUACCAACCUAAACGUCUCUGAGCGCGCCCCUCGGCUGCUCAAAAUGUAUGCCAACGAUGCGGUGGAAGUGGAUUCUAUUCCCGAAGGCCAGAUCGGAGUUGUGGUUGGCCUGAAACACACCCGAACUGGAGAUACACUGGUAGCAUGCUCCGGUAACCGGCCAACGCCUCCAGAGCCUCUUAACACGCUCCAGCUACGGCCUAUCAACGUCCCUCCUCCGGUUUUCUUUGCCAGUGUGGAGCCACACAGCCUCAGUGAGGAGAAGAAAAUGCAAGAGGCAUUAGGGCUUCUCCUUAGGGAAGACCCGAGCCUCCAUGUGAGCGUUGACGAGGACUCCGGACAGACAUUGCUCAGUGGAAUGGGAGAACUUCACCUUGAAAUCGCCCGAGACCGCCUCAUCCACGACCUCAAAGCCAAAGCCUCCAUGGGACGCAUCGAGAUCGGAUAUCGCGAAUGCCCACUUGGCUCAUCGGGACCCGUUACCAAGAUCUUCGACAAAGAAAUCGCCGGCCGCAAAGGCAAGGCUGGCUGCACGGCAACCGUGGAAGUCUUCGACCCGGACACCUCGCCUCCUCCAGUCGACAAUGCCGCCGCCCUGUCCUUCAAACUCUCACACGGCAACCAAAUUGUCAUCCUCGCCCCCGAAUUACAAGUAGAAACCAACAAACGCGGCCUUGAAGAAAGCCCCCUCCUUCCUCCAGGCCUCGACGUCGACCUCCUCCGCACAGCCCUCCAAAACGGAUGUCUCGCAGCCCUCGCGCGCGGCCCGCAAUUCACCUUCCCUAUGCACAGCACCCGGGUCACUCUGACCAUCGACCCAGCCGCCCACAUCUUCGGCAGCGACACCACGCCCUCCGCGCUCUCCGCCGCCGCACGCCUCGCAACCUCCACCGCCCUCCGCGAUCUCCUCUCCUGCCCCACCGCAAACGGAACCUGCCUCAUGGAACCAGUGAUGCACGUCGUCAUCAGCGUCGACGAAGCCAGCCUCGGCGCCGUCGUCCACGACAUCUCCUCCUCGCGCGGCGGCCAUAUCCUCUCUCUAGAUGAAGACCUGCCCCUCCCCACCACAGACCUCACUUCCUCCUCUUCCUCUUCCUCUUCCUCUUCCUCUCCCCACCCGCUAGAAGACCUCCCCGCAAUCGACCCAACCAAAGUCUACGCGCCCCCAGAUCCCUUCCAGUCCCCAUCCACCGUGGAUGCCUCGCUUCCCGACUCCGCGCACCGUCCGCGCACAAUCACCGCCAAGGUCCCGCUCAAGGAGAUGGUCGGGUACUUGAAGCACCUGCGGAGUCUGAGUGCGGGUCGGGGCACGUUUGUGAUGAGUGUGGAUCGGUUUGAGAAGAUGAGUGCGCCGAGACAGAAGAGCGUGCUGGCCGAGUUGAGGGGUGGGUAUUAG